AAAGAACGAAAAAAAAGUUUGAAAAAAAUACCAGUAGAUUACAAUUCACAAUGAUCGCGUACGCGAGCCUGAUACCAUGUCUUCUUCUGUUUAUCGUUUGCCGGGGCGAAAAGGCGACGAGGCUGGAACUGCUGCAAGUGCUUUUUCAAAACGGCGAUCGUACGCCGACGAUCGAGGAACGCUACCCGACCGAUCCUUACGACGACGACUACUGGCAGCACAUGGGCUACGGCGUAUUGACGUACCACGGAAAGAAACGAGCUUACGAACUCGGCCGAGUGCUGCGACGAGAGUACGACGACUUUCUCGGCGAGUACAGCGAGGAAAAGGUCUAUCCGUACAGUGCCGAUUUUUCAAGCUCGAAGCAGACCCUGGCCUGGGUUCUGACCGGUGUCUAUCCGCCUGGCGAGGAAGCGCAAGAGGAGUGGAGCGACCCGAUGCCCCUGAGAUCCUUCACGAUGCCGCACCAGCCCGACCGCCGCAACUGCUUCAAACCCCCGCGAUUGCAUUGCCGCAAGUACCAAAAGUUGCUCGAGCACGCCCGAAGAUCGGCCGAGAUGUGGCGAGAGCUGAUCAAAUACGAAAACUUCACCGCGUGCGUGCGCAGCGAAACUCAAGUUUCUUACGCGUUGCCCGACAAUCCGAGCGUCGCAGCCACCCACUUGCUCGACAACUUGCGAGCGGUCUCGAGCAUGGGUUUGGAGCGGCCCGGCUGGUGCGCCACGAGCGACUGCACCGACAAUCUCUACAGCCUCGCGAGUCUGGACUACGACGCGCAGGUGCAGAGCGCCGAGAUGCGCCGUCUAUUCGUGGGCACGACGCUCCAGGUGCUGCUGCACAACAUCGAGCAAGGAGGUGACAAGAGGAUCUACCUGUUCAGCGCCCUGGCCUGCAAUCUGGCGGCGGUGGCGAGGGUCCUCGGCAUGCUCGACGACGUGCCGGCCGUGCCCAGCUACGCGGACGCCCUGAUACUCGAGAAGCUGCGCGACGAGACGGACGCGGAGCAGGUGUACGUGCGAGCGAGGUACUACGAGGCCGCCACGGCCAGCCUGCUGCCGGUCAAGAUGACCUACAACAGCAAGAUCGGCAAGCUGAUCAAGUGCCUCAAGUGCACCAAGUACUGCAAGCACAAGUGCCCGCUCGAGACUUUCAGGAGGAUCGUCAAACCGACUCGUCCUACGGGCGAGGAUUACGAUUGUGCCAUAGCAAUUUGAUGUAACGCUCGCUGCAAUAAAACGACAUUUCUUUCCUCGUUCGUUUCGUAGUUGCGCAGUUUUUUUUACGAUAGUCGUUGUACUUUCGCGGUCACGACUAUUUCGAUCAAAAAAAAUGAGCCAUACUUGCAGCAUAAUGUCUUCCAAGUAGUGUAACUGGCAAACGAGCAUUUUUCAUGAAUAAAUGUGAA